CUAACCUCAACGUUACGAAACAAAAAUAUUAAAAUGUGCAUUAAAUAAAACCACAUAUAAUGUCAAAUAUACUACAUCUUCACUUAAAAUUAUGCAAAAACUCUUUAGGAAUUUUACAAACAAAUAAUUUAAUACUAAAGAAAUAUGUUAAUUUUAACAUUCCAAGCGCACAUUUCGUUAAUCAGACAAAGGGUAAAGCGUCAGCCACCGUAGAUAUAACAACAGAUGAUUUAAAAGUGAAACCUAGUCAAAUACCAGCAUGGAAACCAACUCCGUCAACAGACAGAUCAAAUCUAACACAACACUAUUUAAAUCUGUCCAAAAUUCGUCUAACCACACUGGUAGUCAUAACUUCAAUGGCAGGCUACGCUGUGGCCCCAGCUCCCUUUGACUGGUCCACAUUCGCCAUGUGCAUUGCAGGCACAGGCCUAUUAUCAGGGGCAGCAAACGCUGUCAACCAGUUUCAUGAAGUACCAUUUGAUGCACAGAUGAACAGGACAAAACAGCGAGUUAUAGUUUGCGGAAAACUGACGCCACUGCAUUCAAUGUUGUUCGCCGCCGGUGCCAGUGCAAGUGGCCUCAGCAUCCUGUAUUUCGGCGUGAACGAACUGACUGCCCUUCUGGGCCUCACAAACUUGCUGCUCUACACAUCCGUGUACACACCCAUGAAGCGAAUCAGUAUUUUAAACACGUGGGUUGGAUCAAUAGUUGGGGCAAUCCCUCCGUUGAUGGGCUGGGCGGCGUGUGCCGGAACUCUAGGACCAGGUGCCUGGUUGAUGGCCGCCCUGUUGUACAGCUGGCAGUUUCCGCACUUCAACGCCCUGUCGUGGAACCUGAGGCCCGACUAUUCGAGAGCGGGGUACCGCAUGAUGGCGGUGACCGAUCCUGCCUUGUGUCGGCGGGUCGCCUUGAGACACACCGUGGCUCUGCAGGCUAUGAGUGUGGCCGCACCGUUCCUGGAUGUCACCAACUGGUGGUUCUUGCUUGAGAGCACUCCACUUAACUUGUACUUUAUUUAUUUAGCGUAUCAAUUUUACAAAGAUUCUUCCAGUUCGUCGUCCAGAAAACUGUUUAGGUAUUCGUUAAUUCAUUUGCCACUUUUAAUGCUUAUGUUCCUGUUGAAUAAGAAGAAGUGGUUUGCGUUUGAGGCAAAAACCACCGAAAACGCAGCAACAGAAGAUCAAGUUAGAUGAUACAAAUAAAUUAUUUUAAGUACA